AAGAUGAUGCUGCCUACCGCGGCGUCGCUCGCGCUGCUUGCUCUCCGAGUCCAGGCCUCUCCAUUGGAGAAGCGUGUCGAAGCUUCUUGCACUGCUUCUUCAGAAUGGCCGGGGUGGGAUGGGAUCAAAUACGCAUUUAUUUUUGGUGACAGCUACACACAGACCGGGUUCAACUACACCCUAGAUGCCCCGUCGCAAACCAAUCCCCUCGGGAACCCAACCUACCCCGGUUGGACCUCUUCCAACGGCCCCAACUGGGUCGAUUUCCUCACCGUAGAAUACAACGCCUCGCUCCUACAAACCUACAACCUAGCCUACGGCGGCGCCACUGUCGACUCGGCUCUCGUAGCCCCCUACAUAGACACGGUUCUCUCCCUCAAAGACCAAGUCCUUACCGAAUUCGUCCCUGCUUACACGGGCAACUCCCCCCUUGCGCCCAAUGCCCCAAACUGGACCGCUGCCGACUCCAUCUUCGGCUUCUGGAUCGGCAUCAACGACGUGGGUAACAGCUACUGGCUCGAUACGGCCACGCUUAACGCGCAGAUCUUCGAUGUUUAUUCCGGGUUGGUGGAUGCCAUUUACGCUGCUGGGGGCAGGAACUUCUUCUUUGUCAAUGUCCCGCCCACGGAUCGGAGUCCAUUGAUGUUGGGGCAGACCGAGUGGGCCAUUACGACCAUCAAGGCGGAUAUUGAGGCGUUUAAUGGGCUCUUGAGCGAGAUGACGAGGAAUUUGACGGAUAAGCACGAGGGGGAGGUCAAUGUGUGGGUGUAUGAUGCGAAUACAGCGUUUGGGGAAGUGUUGGAUGAUCCGGCGGUUUAUGAGCAAACGGCGGGAUAUAAGAAUACAACGGCUUAUUGUGAGGAUUAUGAAAAUGGCACUCCGGCAUGGGAUACCCUCAUUGAGAAUUGCGGCAUCCCGGUGGAUGAGUACUUCUGGCUUAACUCGCUACAUCCGACGUACCACAUGCACGAGGUUGUUGCUGAGAAAGUUGCAGAAAGCCUGGCAAGUGGUCCGACAGUGUGUUGAUUUGCGCCGGAUGUGGCAAAAAGGGGCAUACUGAGAUCCGGCACGAGCACAGGCAGGAGAUCCAAGACGAAAGAAGAUAAG